AUGGGCAUCAAAAUCGUCGUCGGCCUUAUGGGGUCGUCGGUCGCCAGGGGCGCCGACACGCUCCAAAAGACCGCCGGCAUGCAGUCCUUCCUGGAUGUCUGCCGGCGCCACAAGGUUACCGAGCUGGAUACGGCACGCGUCUACGCCGGCGGCAAAUCCGAGGAGGUUGCCGGGGCCGUGUCCGCCUGCACGCAGUUCGCCGUCUCCACGAAAGCCCCAGCUUUCUCACCCAACUCCCUCACCUACGACAAGAUCGUCGCCAACUGCAACGCUUCUCUCAAGGCGCUGCAGACGGACAGGGUCGAUAUUUACUACCUUCAUGGACCUGACCGCGCCACGCCGCUGGAGGACCAGUGCCGCGCUAUCGGUGACUUGUAUGCGCAGGGCAGGUUCGCCCGAUUUGGUGUCAGCAACAUCAGCCCGGCGGAGGUGCAGUCCAUCUACGACAUUUGCCAGCGCGAGGGCUAUCCGCUGCCCAAAAUCUAUCAGGGUGGGUACAACCCCAUCGGCCGGGGGCCGGAGGGGGAACUAUUUCCGCUGCUGAAGAAGCUCGGCAUGGGUUUCUAUGCCUUCAGCCCCCUUGGAGGCGGACUGCUGGCGAAACCGAUCGAGGAGCUACUGAAGCCCAAGCCCGGCACGCGCUUCGACGAGAUGAAGAUCUUUGGCGACAUAUAUCUGACGGAGGAGAUCACGGCCGGGCUGAAGGAGGUGCAACGCGUGUGCGAUGCGCAGGGCGUGCCGCUGAUGGAGGCGACGAUGCGCUGGUUCCGCUGGCACAGCGUGCUGGCGGAGGAGUGGGGUGGAGAGGAGAACGGCGUCAUCGUUGGGGCGAGCAGCGAUGCGCAGCUGGAGGAAAGUCUCAAGGCGUGGGAAGGGGAGAAGCUUCCGCAGCAAAUCCUCGAUGCUUGGGACGCUUUACAUCGCGGUUUGGUGGAGAACGGCAAGCUGCCUAUGUACCAUAGUUGA